CCGUCCCCUUGCGAACCACAUCCUCGCAUACUUACAGACCUCGUCUCCGACCUACUCGUCUUCGUUUCUCGGUGUUGUUUUGCUUCUCAGCCUGCAUUUUCAUCUCAUCCUCUGCGAGCCGAGAAGAUGACUGCUGAUAAGCCCGCGCCCAGUCCUACUGGUGUUGGUGCUGGGUCCCGAACCCACAAGUCCUGCGAUGCUUGCAAGUCACGCAAGGUCCGCUGUCCUAGUAACGGCCCGCCCGGACCUUGCGCGAAUUGUAUUCGUCGAAAAGAAGAGUGUCGCUUCAGUGUGAAAAGGCUAGCCCACAGGCGCAACGUUGCCGGACAGCUUCUGCCAACGAAUUAUUCGCCAUCGAGCAAUCGACCACCCAGUCUCCCAGACGCCAAAGCCGUGCUAGACUUGUCGACAUCAGAUGGAGAGACCAAGCCACUCGUCCUCCCUGAUCGCACGUCGCCAAAGUCUCCUCCCCACCGCAUUCAAGAACUCCACGUCGAUCGCGUCCUAGCACGAGCACAGAGGCCAAAGACCUCUACUGGAAGAGGCCAGGAGGAAACCAUGUUUGUACCACGCAAUGGCAUAUUUGGGGGCCGGAACAGCCUCACGUUCUUCUCCGACAACAGGCUACUGUCCCUGUCGACGCGCCUUCAGAAUCAAAAAGUGAACGAGCUCGUUGGACGAAUUUCCGUCAUUGUCAAUGGACGUCUCCGUCGCACCGACUCAACAACGACGAAUCCCCGGAGGACGCAGCCUCCCGAUAUGGGGACCGACAGAGCGCGAGCCGCCCUGUACAUCCGCCUCUACUUUGAGCGAGUGCAUCCCAUGUUCCCAUUUCUUGACCGGACGACUUUCGAGACUACAGUGUCAAGUCCCAACUUCCCAAAUCUCCUCGAACGCAGCAAGCCAUGGUGUUGUCUCUACCACAGCGUCCUUGCCCUAGGGUCCCAGUAUGCUGAUGGGGGGACAUUCGAGCCUGGUAAGGGAGAGUCGUGGCGGCUGUUCUCUGUCAGUUUGAGCGGCUUCUCGGAGCUCCUGCUGCUUCCUGAUUCUCUCACCACCUUGCAGGCAUUGACAGCCAUGUCUGUCUAUGGCUUAGGGAUCUCGGGCUUGGCUGUUGAGCCUGUCAUCAUGUCAGAGGCGGCAAGACGGGCUCAGAUGAUGUCCAGUCAUAGCUUUACUGGUCCAACGGCUCACGCUUACCAGAAGUCUUUCUGGAUUCUAUAUGCGGUUGAGAAAAUCACCAGCUUCCACUUUGGGAGAAGUUCCGUACGUGCUUGGAAUUUCCCUCUCCUUACCACGAUAACGUCAUACUAUGAUGGAUGCACACCUCUUGUUUACUUGCUCUGCACUGCUGACAGCGACAAGGGGUUCGUCGAUAGCGACAUAUCUUGCCCCAUCCCCGUCGUCCCCGAAGCAACGUCGGGGGACUUUAGCUGGUUCCUGCACCUAGUGCGUUUCGCUCGCCUCCUUUCUCGAGCAUAUACAUCACUCUUCUCGGUCGGCGUGUCGGGCAACUCCGACUCGUACUAUCUCGACGUGAUUGACCAAUUAAACGGUGAACUCGAAGAAUGGAGAGCAUCUCUGCCAGACAAUGGCUUCCGCCCGGGUGGAAUUCUACGCCCUCAAACUGUAUCGGGUCCUAAUGCGAGAUCGCUCGCUCUCAUUCUUCAUUAUCUUUACUACAGCAUGUUACUGACUCUCGCGAGAACUACGCUGUGCUACCUGCCUGUCCCUGAGACGCCGGCGGUGACAGCGACAAAGGACGACAAGAUGAAGACCAUUUUGAAUGCAUCACGGGCCAUAUUGGAGCUGACUACGAUGAUUGAAGUUGAGCCAUACACAGUCACAUGGGUCCUUGCCGGAAUCCCUAUUACAGCACUUUUUGUCUUAUUUGACCUUGUGAUACAUGAUCCUCGGCAGCCAGAUACAGGCACCAACCUGGCCCUGCUCGACAUGGUUGCUGGUCACUUCAGUCGGAUAGAGUAUGCCAGCGGCGGCACCGUGCCCGGUUCUCUGAUAGCCGAGUUCGCCAAGAUUGCGCGAGACUACGUGAACGAGAUCCAGCAUGCCGAGGCUGGUUUGACGAAUCCUGCGAGACCUCAUGCACCCACAAAUCCUUCCGCCAUGCAAAUGGUACAGCAAUCGUCAGAGCUUGAUACCAGAAACAACAAGCAAAUAGACAGACCAACUCAGAUGACUCUGGAUCUAUCGGAUACUCUGCCGAGGGAGGCCAUGAUGUCUGGUCCGAUGCAGCAACCAGGAUACACCGACUUUGCGUUCGACAGCGGGAUGGGCCAGGUAUCUCCUAGUGCGCUCAUGGGAACCGACGUGAUGGGAAUCUUUAAUUAUUUCCUGCCCGAUCUGGACCCGAUGUUUUACCAGGGUAUGACGCAGGAGUACGAUCUGCUACCACAGCAGCAUGGAGGGACCGUUCAGAGCAUGGACAAGUGAGAUGAUGCGGACGGGGUCCAAUUCUUAAUCUCCGUCCGUUUGCCAGGCCGGAUGCAGCAUGACAUAACCUUAUUUUUGGAGCUAUUAUAAUGCGUGCCCCCAACGGAUACUAGCAGCUACCUUAGUUGCUAUGCCCGGCAGUCGAGAUCGUUGCUAGGCAUAAUGACGAAAUGCUUAUGAAGAACAAAAUCGAACGUUCGCUGGAG